AGCUCAUGUAUUGAGUUCUGGGUAAGAACAUCUGGAACCACACCACACCAGUCUCUCAUGGAUAUGGUCCAUUCUGCUUCUCUCCCAAGGAUGCUUCCAGAGUUCUCCAUGUGUUUCCAAGAAGAGCGAAAAAUGUACACGUCUCUGGGCUUGGUGUCAUUUGAGGAUGUGGCUGUUGACUUUACCUGGGAAGAAUGGCAAGACCUGGAUGAUACUCAAAAAACCCUCUACAGGGAUGUGAUGCUGGAGACAUAUAACUGCCUGGCAUCUUUGGGGCAGUGCACUCCCAAAUGUGAGAUGAUCUUCAAAUUGGAGCCAGAAGUUGAACUAUGGAUGGAAGAAUCCCCAGACCAGAGCCUCCCAGAUGUUCAGAAUGUGGAUCAUGUAAUUGAGACCAUCCAGGAAAAUCAAGAUAGACACUUGUGGAUGGUUGCAAUUUCUAAUAGCAAAUCUACAACCAAGCAGAGACUUGAAUUAGGAAAACCAUUCAAUUUUAAUUCCAACCGCAUUUCUGAACUGAUUAUAAAUAAUGAAAACUACUUGGACAAUGAGACUAAAGAGUUAAUUAUGUGUCAAAAUAUGAACAUCUCUAGUGAUGCUGGAAAGAUAAAUGCUCAAGAGAAAUCUGAUAACCAUGAUAGAACUGAAAUUUUUUUCAGACGUCCUGAUUAUAUUGGUAAACAUCAAAAUAAGCAGUGUGAGUGUGAAUUUCGAGGACAAAUGAGAACUUUCAGCACAGAGGCAAUGUUUUUUAUCCCCAGGAGUCUUCAUAGGGAAGAGACCUCAUAUAAAGGUAAGAAAUAUGGAAAACCUUCUGGUAAGUCAGCUUUCAUCAUACAAGAGACAACUCAGGUAGAAGGGAAGGCUUUUGAUUAUGGCAUGUAUGAAAAAACCUUUAUAAAGCCUAAACUCACUGACCUUCAGAAAAUACAUAUAGGGGAGAAAUCCAGUAAAUGCACUGAGGAACCCUUUAUUCUGAAAGCACCCAUUAUAAGCCAUCAGGGAACACACACACCUCAGAAGCCAUAUAUAUCUAAUGAGUUUAGAAUAUCUUUUGAUUUGAAAUCAAACCACAAAACUGAUACAGAAGACAAAUGCAGUGAUUGUAACAAAUAUAUGAAAUAUUUCUUCCAGAUUUCUGACCUUAUUUUACAACCUAGAAUAAGAGAGAAGCCCCAUAAAUGUAGUGACUGUAGGAAAUCAUUCUGUCGUAAGUCAGACCUCACUGUACAUCAGAGAACUCACACAGGAGAGAAACCGUAUGAAUGUAAUGAAUGUAGCAAAACCUUUUGCCAGAAGUCUAACCUCAGCAGCCAUCAACGAACACACACAGGAGAAAAGCCCUAUGAGUGUAACGAAUGCAGUAAAUCUUUUUACCAGAAGUCCGACCUCAUUGUGCAUCACAGAACUCACACAGGAGAGAAGCCCUAUAACUGUAGUAAAUGUAUGAAGUCUUUCUCCCGUAAAUCUGAUCUCACCGUCCACCAGAGAACUCACACAGGAGAGAAACCUUAUGAGUGUAAUGGAUGUGGGAAAUCAUUCAACCAGAAGUCAAACCUUAUCAGGCAUCAGAGAACACAUACAGGAGAGAAACCCUAUGAAUGUAAUAAAUGUGAGAAAUCUUUCUACCAGAAGUCAAACCUUAUUUUACAUCAGAAAACUCACACAGGUGAAAAACCUUAUGAAUGUAAAGAAUGCAGGAAAUCUUUCUACCAGAAAUCAGACCUCAGUAUACAUCAAAGAAUUCACACAGGAGAGAAACCCUAUGAAUGUAAUGAAUGUAGCAAAACUUUUUGCCGGAAGUCAUACCUCAGCAGUCAUAUGAGAAUUCACACGGGAGAGAAACCACAUGAGUGUAAGGAAUGUAGAAAAUCUUUCUCCCGUAAGUCUGACCUCACUGUCCACCAGAGAACUCACACGGGAGAGAAACCAUAUGGAUGUAAUGAAUGUAGGAAAACCUUUUGCCAGAAAUCACACCUCAGCGUGCAUCAGAGAACUCACACAAGGUAGCAAUCCUAUUACUGUAGUAGAAAGUAUUUCAACAGAAGUCAAACAUCAACAGGCUGCUGAGACUUCAUUUAAGAAUGAAACCCUAUGUAUAUGAAAAAAAAAAAAAGAAAGAAAAAACACUUUGGUAAAUUUCAGAGAACUUGCUGGGGAGAACUACAUGGGAAAGAAUGUAAUCUUCAGACACCAGAUUUGUAUGUGAGUAAUAAUAGCAGCGUAUAACAAAAGCACUGUAUAAUAGUGUAAUGGACAAUAUACCCAAACCUGGAAAAAGCAUAAAUGACCAUGUAGUCCAGUGAGACGUAUAUGAAAGCCAAGAUGCCCUGGUAAUCAUAUGUAAUUGAAAGUCACUGUGAAUAAAGAUGGAAGGAAUUUACAGUAUGUAUUCCCCAACCUUAUUGUUUGUACUUUAUACCACAUAGAAAUCAAUAUUCUGGCAAA